UCAAGUUAAUGAAUGACAUACAUGUAAAUGUGCUCGUCUUUCUGCGUUUAGCGUGUUCUUUUAAGCGAUUCUAAAUAUUUUCUUUAAUUUUAUUUGGUCUAAGAUUUAAAAUAAGUUACAGUAUUCUUUCUUUUGAUAGUUAUGAUGAUUGACGCCUCGGAAACUCCUCAAGUAAAAUUUGUAACGAAGCAGGAACAAUAUGCUGUUCCUGAUACUCCUUAUGCUAUACAAAGCAAUGUUCAUUCUUCUGAUCUUAACACCUUAGUUAAUGCUUUGUUGAAAGAAACAAAUUCGUCUAUUGAGAAAGCGGUUGAAUUCGACUUUUUAGUAUGUGGGGAGUUGUUGUGUUCUUCUCUUGCUGAGCAUUUACAGGAAAAAGGAGCAUCUACCGAAAAGACAUUAGAAGUUGAGUAUUUAGAAAGAUUUCCAGCACCUUCUCCUCAGGAUUGUUUGAUGCAUGAUGACUGGGUGUCUGCUGUUCAGGCACAUGGUAAUUGGAUACUCUCAGGUAGCUAUGAUAACAGUAUUCAUAUUUGGAGCACAAAGGGACAGCACAAGUUAGCAAUACCUGGCCACACUUCACCAGUCAAAGCCGUGUCAUGGGUGUCUUAUAGUAAUGAUCAAGCUGUAUUUGUAAGUGGUUCUCAUGACCAGUCUGCUAUGCUAUGGGUGUGGAAUGUUAGCCUUAACUCUGUGGACUGUGUAGUGACUUGUCGUAGUCACGACAAGGGAGUUGAGUGUCUCGCUGUGUCUGCUGAUGGACAGAAGUUUGUUACUGGUAGUUGGGACACUAAUAUAUGCCUUUGGAGUGCCAGUCUCUCAGAUGAAGACAAUGGUCCUGCGAAGAAGAAAAGUAAACCAGAACAUGGAAAAUCUAGAGAAGCUUUAUCCACAUUAAAAGGCCAUCGUGAAGCUGUGUCUGCUGUACAGUGGAUGGAUUUUAAUACAAUACUCUCUAGUGGUUGGGACCAUUUGCUCAAAUUGUGGGACUGCGAGUUGGGUGGCAUUAAACAAGAAAUAGCUGGUAAUAAGGCAUUUUUUGAUGUCGACUGGUCACCAUUAAAUAACACUCUAAUAACUGCAUCAGCAGAUCGACACUUAAGACUCUAUGAUCCAAGAUCAACAGAAAGUAUUGUAAAAACCACAUUUACAUCCCAUACGGGCUGGGUUCAAUCAGUGAAAUGGUCAAAGACACGUGACACUCUGUUCCUGUCAGCUGGUUAUGAUGGGCAAGUCAAAUUAUGGGAAACAAGGAGCCCACGAACGCCACUGUACGAUCUGAGCGGUCAUGAAGACAAAGUACUCUGCUGUGAUUGGUCGAACCCCGCACUUUUGAUCAGUGGCUCCUGUGAUAAUACCCUUAGGAUAUUUAAGGCGAAGCAUGCGGUAUCCAGCUCGCAAUAGAUUAAAAAAAAUGUUGUAGGAUAUUUUAUAUUAUUACCAUUUAUUACCUAUAAAUGGUAAUAAUAUAAAAUAUCCUAUCGUUAUUACACAUAUUUUUAAAGUUUCUGAGUUUUUUUAUUUAAGUAAUAUUUUAUUCAAAUUGUAUUUUGUCUAAAAACAGUUGUAUUUAGUACAAGUAAGAUAUUUCUGUAGCAUUAAUUAUGUCUUUUUGUAACCACUUUUACCUAAUCUGUUAUAUCAACCAAUGAUCACAAUUUAUUCAUGCUAAAAAUUUCAGUUAAAAAUUCAACAAAUUUAAAAUAUUAUAUACUUAAGUUUGACUUUUACGGUUCAAUUUGUGGAUGAAUGUUAAAAAGUAGUGCAGUGUCAGUUUGUAAAUGAUAUCGGUAUGGAAGAGUCAGAAUGGACGAUGAGUUAUGAAAUAUGAAAAAGUUUCAGGAAUCAAUAAAGCAUCUGAUGUGCUGAGCAAAUAUGUUGAGUACGGACUUGUUACUUGUGUAAUACACGAUAAUUAUAUGUAUUGUGGAAAUAAUGUAAUACAUAGGUGUCUAAUUGCCCGGUUUUAAGUUACAUUUUACACAUUUCAAGGUUUUGUUUAGGAAAUGCCAAAGAUUUGCAUAGAUACAUACAUACGUACAUAUCUGUCACGCCUGUCUCCCAUUAGGGUAGGCAGAAACAAUGGAACGCCAAAUGCUUCGAUUCAAACAAACCAAACAAUUUGCAUAUAUCUAGAGUAGAUAAGAUUUACGCGCGUGUAAUGUUUAUUUAAGUACAUGAUAUAGUUAUCCCAACAAGAGGAAAUUCUUAAAUCACAAAGAGGUAUGUUCAGUAGUGGACAGAUAAGCUGAUAUGAUGAUGAAGCCUAUUUAACAGCGCACGCCAGCGUCCUAACACAGGUUCUGGGCAUAGAUUCAGACAAGCUAAUUUUAUCAUUUACUUACUGCAUAUAACCAACACGUGACGCCAUUUGAUCACGUAAAAAAACAUUGAUGUACAAACAUAUUGAGGCCCGAACUAAUCACUACUUCUUUAUAAACGAAGCCUUAUUAGGAAUAUGGCGUGAUUGUGAUAUCUAAUGAGCAAACAUUGAGUGAAACUAGCGAGUUUUUUUUUGUAAAUACAAAAAAUAACAAAUUAUAGUAUUGUAUGUUAAUUUGAUGACUUAACUGUAUAUAUAUAUAUAUAUAUAUAUAUAUACAUGAUAAUAUCACCAAACUCGUCUAGUUAUUGAUUUUGUCGAUAUUUAAGGUUUUAUGUAUACUUAUUGCAACUGUUGACUUUAGUCCAAUGAGAAAUUAUGUAGAAAUUAAAAUGAUUGGUUCCUCAGUGGUGUUGAUAUAAUUAGAUCAUGGGUAAAAGUUGGUUACAAUAGUCUGGAUUUUGUUGAUGUGUGUAACAAUUAUUCGCUCAAGAUUUAUAGUGAAUAUUGCUAUUACAUGUUUAGGAAUAUAGAAGGAUAUAAAAUACAAAUAAGGCAGUGAAUAAAAUAAUGAACUAAAUUUGGU